AUGGAGGUAUUGCAGGAUUACCAGCGAUGCUCUGGUCAACUAGUGACUAUUUCAAAGAGUUGUUUUCUUUCACAUGGGAAAUCAUCUCCCCAGUUGGUCUCUAGAGUUCGCAAGUUGAUGGGUUUUAUGCAUAAGAGUUUUCCAAUUAAAUACCUGGGUUGUCCUUUGUUUGUUGGUCGGAAGCUGAAGUCCUAUUUCUCAGACAUUAUUGAUUCAGUUGGUGGCCACAUCCAAUGGGGUGCUAGGUGGUUAUCAUUUGGAGCAUGUAUUGUGCCAAUUAAUUCGGUCCAAGCGUCUUUGCCAAGGAUGUGUCUUCCGAAGGAGGCCAGCGGUGUGGGAUUCCGUUCUUUACGAUCUAUAUCUAUAGCGUUUGCUUGCAAGUUGUGGUGGAGAUUUAGACAGAAGAGCUUGUUGUGGGCUCAAUUUAUGCAUGCUCGCUAUUGCCAAACCAUGCAUCCAAACCAAGUGAGCUUUAAGGCCUCGUCUUCAACAUCUUGGAAACAUAUGCUGUCAAUAAGGGGGGUUGUGGAAUAUUUUCUAUUGUGGGAUCUUUCGAAUGGUAGCUGCUCCUUUUGGCGGGACAAUUGGACUGGCAUGGGGCCGUUGGCGUGGAAGUUCCCAACGCUAGCCUCUUCAGCGUUGGUUGGUGAAUUUUGGCUAGGUGAUCACUGGAAUUUGCCCCUGUUACGCCAAAUUGUUCCUCCAGAGAUCUGUGCACUUGCUGGGUGCACCUUUCUAGCCACUGGAAAGAGCUCAGACUCGCCAUUAUGGCCAUUCUAG